AACAUGAUGGCCAAGAAGGCCAUGAAGGUUCCCAAGAAGAUGCACAAUAACCACACCAAUAACUUCCAAUCCGACAUGGGCCAUGGUAUGCACAACCAACUCCCAAGGCCUGGUGACCCUUCUGAUUCAGAAAUGGUGGCAUUGCCUAAAGUUGAUGAUUCAGUCACCUACACAUCUUCUAAUAUCGACCCAGCAAUGGAGGACCCUCCCAAAUUUGAAGAAUUCUCCGCCCCUUCUACUGCUGGAAAGCCAGUCCACCAGGUGGCAAUAUAUAACCCCCAGUCGGCCCACAACCAUCCCAGGCCAUGCCCCCAGGCCAGGGCCAUCUAUCACAUCAAAACCAGGCCGGUUGGUCUCGCUAAGGUAAACAGCAAUGGUACUGCAACCAAGUCCCUUGUCUUCCAAGAUCUUACCAUCGGUCUAGGAGAUGCGGUCCAGAGUGGCGACUCGGUAGAGGUCAAAUACACAGGCUGGCUCUACACCAGCAGGUCGUUUGGAGAUGUAUUUGAUAGCAACACCAGUGUAGACAAACCAUUCCGCUUCAAGAUAGGGAAAGGCAAAGUAAUAAAGGGAUGGGAAGAAGGCGUAGUCGGUAUGAAGAAGAAUGGGCGUCGGUUACUCAUCGUCCCGCCCGCACUGGCGUACGGCAAGAAGGGUCUCGGUUCAAGGAUACCGCCAAAUUCAACUCUCCUGUUUGAUGUAGAAAUAAAAAAGCUUAAAUUUUCAAGAGAAAAGGAGGAAAGUGGUUCACUUUCAUCGGACGCUACAGAUGGCUUGAGGUCUGAGGAGAGGGUCGGGUCACCAAAGGUCGGAAGGUCAAGAGGAGAUGUCUCAAGUGACAAUGAAAGCAGAAUAAAACACAACAACAAUUCAGAAUCACAACUAUCAACGAGUCCCUCAUCGAGUAAGGCCAAACUGAUCUCCCGAAUGGCCAAAAUGGGACAGCCCAUGCUGCCGCUGUCUGGCGCCAUCGUAGCCCAUGACAGCACAGACUCAGAGGCAGAUGAAGCCAGCGCGUCUUCGGACACAGGAGGCAUGUCGCCCUCGUCCGGUCACCCCAACAUGAUGGCCAAGAAGGCCAUGAAGGUUCCCAAGAAGAUGCACAAUAACCACACCAAUAACUUCCAAUCCGACAUGGGCCAUGGUAUGCACAACCAACUCCCAAGGCCUGGUGACCCUUCUGAUUCAGAAAUGGUGGCAUUGCCUAAAGUUGAUGAUUCAGUCACCUACACAUCUUCUAAUAUCGACCCAGCAAUGGAGGACCCUCCCAAAUUUGAAGAAUUCUCCGCCCCUUCUACUGCUGGAAAGCCAGUCCACCAGGUGGCAAUAUAUAACCCCCAGUCGGCCCACAACCAGUCCCAGGCCAUGCCCCCAGGCCAGGGCCAUCUAUCACAUCAAAACCAGGCCGGUGGGAUGGGCAUGCAACACGGUCAACAACAGCUGCCGCAACAGCAGCAGCAGCAGCAGCAAUCUCAACAGCAACACACGUAUUACCAACCCCCACAACACAUCCCCACGCAGAAUCCAGGACAGACCCCCAUGCAGCAUCAGAUGUCGCCGUACCCGGGACUCGGCAACCAGCAAGCCCUCGUCACCCAGCAGCAGCUCACCGACAUGCAGAUGGUCCCCAUCGUGCUCUCGGAGGCCCGGCAGCAUCACUCCGACAUCAGAACGGCAGUCGGGAAGGUAUCGGAUCGCAUCGAUGACCUCUGUAAAAAGGUCAAUGACAUUCAGACGACCCCGUCCCAGCCGGCAUUGCCUAGCAAUCAGACGAUGGAGGCGACGGUGUUGAUGUCAAACAUCUCGCGCAUCGUGCAGGAGAACGAGCGGCUCAAGGAGGAGGUUUACGACAAGAAUGCGAGGAUUGAGAAACAGAAUAACAAGAUUUCAGAGUUGCUACAAAAGAAUCAACUGCAUAAUUCGAAAGGAGUUAAUCAUGAUGGUCUACCUAAGAAGUACGUGGAACAGAGCAACUCACUGAUGGAGAAGACCAAUGAUUCAUUCAAGUUGACGGCAACGCAAUCCCAGCAACGAGUCUUGGAACUCGAACAGGAGAAGGUCCAGAUGACCUCCGAGUUGAGCAAUGCGACCUCAAAGAUCAGCUCGCUACAGAUGGAGCUGUCCAACGUACAACAGAGAGAAAGCCAGCUUCGUGCACAGUUGAAUGGUGCCAUCAACAACUCACAUGAAAACAGAGGAGAGCUGGACCAACUCAGACAACAACUCAAAGAAAAUGACAACAAGUACACUGAGGUUCUGAAGGCACUUAAGGAUGAGAGACAGCUCAAGAAACAGUUGGAGAACAAAGUCACAACCUUGGAGGAGGAACUCUCUGAGAUGAAGAUGGAAAAGGAUACAAUUGAAAAGAAUCUGUUAGAAAGGAAGCGAAAAGCAGCAGCUGAAAAACAGAAAUCAGAAGAGGAUAUAGAUGAUAUGAAAAGAUCAUAUGAGGAUGAAAUCUCACAGUUGAAGAGUAAAAUCAGGCACCAGAAAACAUCAACAGAUGCUGCUACGGCGGAACAGGUUGCCCAAGUGGAAAGGGAGCUUGAAACCCAAUGGAGGGAACGCUCUGAUAGACUCCUCUUGCAAGCCAAAGAGAAACAUGAGAGAGAGAUGGAAGAUGCCAGAGACGAGAAAGAACAACUGAAGAGGAAAUUAGCUGCUACUGAAGCAAAGAUGCUUAACAUCCGGGCUAAUGAAGACAACAAAGACGAGGUAGAAGGACUCAAGAAACAAGCCCAAGAAAUGGAAGUCUGGAAAGAGAAGUAUGACAGCCUCCACUCGAGUGCAGUGAGCAUGAAGGAACGAUACGAAACAAGGAUCAAGGAACUUAUACAGGAAAAAGCUGCUGCAGCCGCAUCAUCGGCCACCAUCGGACCAACGAACAUCGUCGAUGAGGUCAAGAAGGUCAUGAACAAUGUCUACCAUUCUCUACGAGGGGAGAUUGACACUAGCGAGAACUAUAAGGGUGGUGAGGUCCUCAACAUCAUCAUGAACACCAUCAAGGUGACGAUGGUGAAGGUCAUGAAGGAAGCCGCUAAGAAGGCAGAACAAGCGGGGGAAGAGGAGAGUGAAGAAGAAAGUGAAGAAGAGGAAGAAGAAGAGGAGGAGGAGGAGGAGGAGGAAGAAGAAGAGGAAGAAGAACCUGUCAAGGCGCCUGUGAAGGAGGCUGUCGCCAAAAAGGAAACUGCCGUUCCAACGAUGUCUGCCCCUCCCUCUGGAACCACAGCUCCUCCAGCAGCACAGAGCACCAGCCCACCACCACCAACAGUAGUCAUUGAAGAAGUUGUACAGAGGGAGGAUGAACAGGUGAUGGAAUCGGCCAGACAACCUCAGGAGGAUGAGGAGGAGGAGGAGGAGGAAGAAGAGGAGGAGGAAGAAGAAGAAGAGGAGGAGGAAGAAGAAGAGGAGAAGGAGGAAGAGGAGAGUGAAGGAAAGAAGGACAACAUUGUUCAGAAAGACACAGCUUCUGCCGAUCUCGCCCCGGGCGACACAUCCACAAAACAGACUGAAGAAGCGGAGCGGAAAGAACAGACGCAAGGUGAAGAGAAGGACAAUGAAGGAGAAAUGACAAGAGAAGAAGAUGACACCGAUAGAGGAUUGAGUGAUAGUACAAUGGUUGCAGAUAACAAAGCUAAUGCUGAGCAGGAAAUAGAGAAGGAAGGAAGAGAGGAGGAGGAAGGGGGUGAUGAUGAGGACAGUGUCAAAGAUUCUAAGAAGGAUGAAGAUGAUGACUUCUGGUCUGCGGAAGGUUCGGAUGGGGAAGAUGAAGGUGAGAAACCCACCAUCAUGGAACCCUCUGGACCCCCCGAGCCACCCCCGGAACUACCCCCUGAGCUGCCGCCGGCCAAGGAGGAGCUACCGGGCCACCUAGACACGGGAGAGAAGCCACGAGCCUUGAGCAACAUCCCAGACCUACCGGCGGAUCUUGAUGUGGGAGUGGAUGAGAAGGAGGAGGAUGAAGAAGAAGAUAAUGAUGAAGAUGAGCCCAAUCCAUUCGGCCCACCCAAACCUCAACCAGCAGAAGAGACACAGGAAGAUGCUGAUGAUGAGGAGGAAGAGGAGGAGGAGGAGGAUGCUGGUCCAUUACCCACUGUCCUGGACAGGGAGCCCCCUGAACUCCCCCCAGAGCUUCCCCCAGAAGACGAGGAGGAUAGCGCUAAGAAGGCGAAGACAAAGAAAGAAGACAUAAGUAGUGGAAUCUUUGGUGACGAUGACGACGAUGACGAUCUCUUCUCCAUCCCUAUAUCAUCCACAAAGAAAGCUACCAAAAAGAAGCCCACCCCAGCAAAGACGACAGCCAAAGAAGACGAUGAUCCCUUCAAACCUGGACCACCCCCGCCCCUCUUUGGAGAUGAUGAUGACGAUGACCUAGACUGGAUUAGUUGAUCCUGAAGGUUAAUCUUAAUCCUAAUCCAUUCAAUCUUUUCAGUAUUUUGCAAUAUUAGUACAUGGACUAUAUCCUCAGUCAGGAUUAUUUUUUUUUAUUAUAAAUUGUUGUAUAAUAGUUAAGUGGAUUUAUGAUUGGAAACAUAUUGCAAUUUUUGACAUUGCUGUAUGUCUGUAUGGUAAUAAAAGCAUGGUAAAGGCACAUAAUUACCUUUAAUUUUGGAUAAUUCUUUACCUAUAUGAAUAUGUAUAAAAUCUUAAUUUGAAAGUAUACAUGUUAAUAAUAUGUUGAGUUCGAAUUUGCACUUUCUGAACUUGCAUCAAGUCAGUAAUCGGUGUAAGCAUUGACUAUGGGGUCAUGGAGAUAUAAAGUGGAGAGCAAUUAUGAAGUGCUAAAAUCCUUUUUUUAUUUUCAAUAUUAUUCAUGAUGUCAAUUAUGAAGUGCUAAAAUCCUUUUUAUUUUCACUAUUAUUCAUGAUUUCAAUCAAUUCUAAAUCAUUUAUGAUCAUAUACAUAUCUGCUUGAUAUUAGCGAUAAUGUAUAUUGUUUGAUUAUCUCAGUACUUUUUCUUCAAUUUUUUUUUUUUAGAAACAUGAACUUCUGGUAAUUUCACAAUCAGUACUAGAUAAUGUUUGCUUGGUACUCCUUUUCAUUUUUUAAAAGAGAGCGUUGAGAGGUCGAUAAAGAAAUGAUGAUUUGUGCAUUUUCUUGUUGUUAUGUACUUUAAUUCAUACAGACUUGUUUGUCAAUAUGCGUCCAUAUUCUCAAAGUUUGAAAAUAGCUUGUUAUUCUUUUAUUUUCUCCCUUUUGUAACGCAGUGAAAUAUGACAUUGCAUAGUAUAAUGAUCAUUAGAAAUGUGGAGAAACCUUACAAAACAUCCAGCUUGUUGACGUUUACUCAACAUGAAUUUAGAACACUCAACAUUUUUGUUGCAGUCACAAUUACCCUAUAGCAGCUGUACAGCGAGUCAAAAACAGCCGUUACAUUAAUUUUUAUUCAAACCACCUUUAUGAAACCGCUACAAAAAAAAUGUUAAAACAGCGUUUUUGACUCGCUGUAUGGCUGCCAUAGGGGAAAUGUGACUGCGACGUUAACAAAAAUAGCAUUAAAUACAUAAUGACUUGGGAUAGUGCAGAAGAAAAUUUUGGAUGGCAGAGGAGAAGGGACAAGCAAGCCACAAUAAUGUUGUUCCAUUUUAUAUCAUGUAUAAAGUUGUAAAACGAAUCAUGAAAAUGAAACAUCAUAUCCUCCAAAAAAAUGUCAAUGAGAUUGGCUACAGAUAUUUUUAAGAAAAUGGCUUCUUGCGUGUCAACUGCCUGUGCUAUAGGGUUUACAGGUAUAUAAUUUACUUUCAUAUUUUCCUACUUAUUUUGAUACUCAUGAAAGAUGUAUCCUUUGGUAUUUGUGUGAUCAUUUAUAUCUCUAACAAAACAAUUUCAUGAUUGAACAAUCUUCAGUUUGUAUGAUGAUUUCUAAGUCAGCAUCCUAAUGAUCUAACCUACACUUCUUGUAUAGUGUUUAUCACAUUAUGAGUAUAACGUCUCUAUGCGCUUCCAAAGGACUUGGAUAUUAUUACCCUGGCAUUAGCUUUGGGCCAUACUUACAGCACACAUGCGUUUGAAGGAAUUUUAUUUCUACCGGGUACCCAUUCACCUCACUUGGGUCAAGUGCAGCACAAUGUGGAUGAAUUCCUUGCUGAAGGAAUCCAUGCCAUGGCUUGGAAAAUAUUAAAGCAGUGGUGAAUUGCAUUUUGCUUUUAAUUUAAGCAUAUAUAUGUAAUAAAAUUACUGUCUCACAUAACAAAUAUUAAUUAAUAUCAUAUAAUUUGUAUAAACCAAUACUUUGGACAUUUAUUUCGCAUUCUUAUUUACAUAAAACAUGAAUCAGUAAUUGUUUGAAAUUUAAAUAUGAUAAUUGAUGAGAAUGUUAUCUCCAUCAUUCAAUGGAGCUGAUGAGUUGUUUUAGCCUGUGCAUUACUACGUUGUCGAAAUUGAAUCAGAACAUUCCUGUUUUAUUUGAUACUUAAGAAACUAUUGAAAAAAAAUUAUAUCUGUGUCCACUUUGAGAUAUACAUGUACAUCUUCUGAAUAUUUCAAUCUAUUUUUAUGAGAAAGGUGUAGUAUUUGUACUUUGAUAUAUUUGUUAUGUGUGGGUAUUGUAAAGCAGUGAUGAUGAAGUUUUGUUUUGUAUUUUGAAAAGGUAUCAUAAGAACGAGGGAUGGGGAAGGGAUGAUUAGUGAUAUUAUUUGUACAUUGUAAGAUAAUUCAGAUUAUCUUACUGCAAUAGAAUGUUUUAGUUUAAAAAAAAAAUGCUUUACUAGAAGAAUGGUAUACAUUGCUAAAUCUGUGCUUAGCCCAUCAUUAGUUGUAAGUGCUGAAAUUGAACUCCUUCAACAUUCUGAACAAUUGUCACCUCAUUCAUUAAUUGGUAAUUGGUAUACGCCAAACUGUUCAUUGGCGAUGGUUAAGCACAUCAGAAAGUUUCACUAGUCAUUUUUAAAGUCGCUUUUAACUUACAAGCAGCUUUAUGAACCACCUCCACAUUAUUUUUAUUUUAUAUUUUGCCCUUUUGCCCCUACCCUGCCUAUAUAUGUCACUCAUUACAUAAUAUACAAGGAGGUUAUUUUAUCAAGUCCGCUCUUGAUGUUUUGCUCAUUGAUAGUUGUUGUUUACCCUACUAUACGAAAGGCGCAGAAAACAGAUAAAGUGCAUUGAAAUAUAUACAUUCACAAUACAUGUGCCUUGAUUAAAUGAUGUCCAAUUUCAUGAGAAGAGAAAUACAUUUGCUUUAUGUGUCAUGUGGAUUUUUUUUACAAUCAAAAUGAGAUAUGAAUUAGAUUACAUCUACAUGUAUCUUAUUGAAAAUAAUCUAUGUAAACUGAAUUUUUACAAUGAAUUUCUUGUGGAAAUGAGUUACAUGGAUUAUUGCUAUCAUUCUUUGUAUGAUAUCAGUUAUGAAUAUGUCAGAAAUUUACUUUAACAGAGAUUUAUCAAAGAAAGUAACUAACCA